AUGGAUGAAGUCGGAGUCAUGGUGAAGAAGGAGCAAGACCGCUCGGACACACUGGAUCGAGAGUAUCGUGCCUUGUGGACUCAACUCACGAAACGUCAGAUGACGAACGCUGACGACUAUACAACUGAACUAUUUGAGAAACAAAUUAAAAGUCAAAACGAGGAAAACUAUGCCAGAUUCUCUUGUUUGGCAACAGCUCAAAAUUCCAUUAAGAACGUUUUGAAGAAAACAUCAGCAAUGUAUGAAACUGCGAAUUAUGGCGUUCACGUGUUAUCGGAGACAGUAAAUCAUACUCAGGGUGAAAUCACAGCAUUUUAUGACAGAGUUAAGACCACGAAACACAAACGAGAAGAUGCUUUAGCUUCAGUGUUAAGAAAAGUAACUUUGCAAAAGUCGAUAUUGGACGGGCUUGGUGAAAGCGUCUUGGUAACGAAACAGCACUUGGCGGCAAUGGAUAAGUUGUCGGCUCUAUUGUCCAAAUUAAAGAUAGCUGAAGACGUUUCAUUCACAUCAUUAAAGGAGAAUUUCGAAGGAACGACCCUUCAUAUCAAAAAUAGAGCUUCUACAGGAGAUGACGUGCGGUGUUCAAUUGGUGAUUUUGAAUUGCGAACUAAAGAAAUGCGUCAUGUUUUGCAAAAAGAGGUAGCGCUUUCACGUUAUCAAGAGAACACUGGAACUUCGAAUAAAGUUAUUGACGAACAAAAUAACCUGAAGAAAUCAUCUGAUUACUGGAGCUCUUCUGAAAUGCAGUUAUCAGCACUUACAGAUGAGUGCAAAAGUGUUUCUGAGAAGCUGGCUAAUUUAUGUGACGAAUUGAGCUCUGCGGAAGUGGAACUUACUUCGAGAACAUCAGACUGCCAACGAGAAUUCAGAACUAAAAAGAAAGACAUGUCUGACAAGCUUUUUGAACUGGAACGACAAGGUGCUCACGGACAGGAACAAUCUUCUUGUUUGAACGGCCAGCUAGAAUCUUUUAGAGGGCGAUAUGGAAAUACUGUUGACAUAAAAAAUUGGGAUGGAAUCCGUGAGGAAAAAAAUAUUCGAGAGAAAGAUGAACUGUUGGCUAGCUUAACAUCUGAAAUAACAACGUUUUCAAAUGAUGUUGCAACAUUCGAAAUGAACACAGUGGACCUUAAUAAGGAAAAGAUGCACGACGAGUUUAUUUCGGUUCUUCAAGGUGAUCUUAUUGCCUACAUGGAAAUAAAAGAGCGUGAAGAAGCAUCAGUGUGUGAGAAAAAUUUGGAUUCCCAGUACAAGCUCAGCGCUCCAGUUGAUCUUGUCGAAAAUGAACGAAGUGUAACCAGAGCUGGAUACCGCACGUCGGAUUCCUCAGUGAAGCAACUUUCAGCCAUUGAACGUGAAAGAUCAGCGAAUGAACCUAGUAAUAAAGAAGAAGAUAGCUUAUUUUCUUCAUUUUCGGACUUUACUGACAGCGAAAAGUCGUCUGCUUCUGAGAAAUUCAUUGCAAAGCGAUUUCCGAAUGAUAUCUUUCUGAAACCAUCUCCUUCAGUUGAUCGAAACGAAUCCGUUUCUGCUGAGGUAUCAACAUUUGACCGAAGUGAUGACGACCAAAGCAUAUGGUCUCCAGCACAAUCGUGUAAGCAACGUAAAAAGAACUGUAUUACGGACAUGACGACAGAAGCAGACCUUGAUCAAAGCGUUUGGUAG